UAUAAUGUUAGUUCAAGCUUUGACCCGGAUGUUGCCAGCACUGUAUCACCUGAAGAGUUAGUGUCCACUAACCUAGUAGCAUCAGCUGCAUCUUUGCCUUCCACGAUGUCGGCUUUCAGGAAAUAUGUACCAAUCAGUCCCAUGAGCUUUAAAACUCUCUCGUAUUUGUCUGGCCGCAAUCCUUUACACAAUGUCACCAACUGGCCAAAUGACCUCGAGACAAUCCAGAGCAGUUUCACGUUGGACAACUUACAGUUACAUGAAGCUUGUGUCGAUGGAAUGGAAAAAGAAAAUGAUGGUGUCCCAGGAUCCUGUGGUAUGACCUUGACAAGGAAACAAAAGGCACAAGCUUUCAAGAUUGAAAGGGGCAUUCUGCCAGUCAGUGUGUCUGACGACACUAAUAGCGACGGCAAACAGACAAAAGUGGACCUGAGGAAGACGAGUUGGAUGAAUGGCUUCAUGAUGUAUAGCAGACUCAACAGACGGAGAUUCAUUGAAGCAAACCCAGGUGUGCUAACAUCUAAUAUUAGUAAAAUGAUGGGACAGGCAUGGCGAAAUAUGUCCGACAUGGAACAGAUACCAUACAAGGAAAAGGCAAAGCAGUUUUCCAGAGAGAUGCAAAGGGACCAGGAGAACUAUGACCUGGAUGUGUUUGGUAGUGAUGAAGAACCGCACUACACUCUGGGCGAACCCAUCACUGAGGAAUCAUUGGACUCGCUCCUCACGGUCAAGCAAGAACAAGAAUUUCUCUUCUAACUGUCAAGGCAAAAUGCAUUCAAGCUGUGAUAGUGCUAACUUAUUUGGUUACUUAACGAGUGAGCCAGUGUAUGAGGUAGGGUAACAGGUGGCCAUUUUCGUCUCUAGUGUUUAUAGUUGGAUAUUGGAGUACCAUAUUUUGCAAUGCAAAUUCAAUCUGUAUAUCACCCCAGCCCCAUCCUCAGUAAGGGGUCAUCCCAUAUGCCUGUUACAGUUUGUGUUAAAACAUUUCAAAAAGUUUCUUAAUUUCAGAUGGUAUGGCAUAUUUAUUUACCGAUUUAGGUAGGAUGGUAGUUGUAAAUUACAUAUAAAUAAAUAUGUUAGUGUAUAAAUCAUCUUUUAAUGUAUUGCAUUAUGAUCAUGUCUGAAGCAUCCAUUCCCUAUAUGUAUACUGUACAGGUAUGAUGUACAUUUAAUGAACAGUAUUUUGAUGUACAUCUAGCGAUGGUGUAUGAAGUACAGAUCUGCCUAACCCAGAUUUGUUUAUUGUAUUGCAAUGUAUGGCAAUCUCACUUAACUAAUGAAGUAAUGUGGCAGUAUUGUUUUAAGUUCAUAAAAAAAUAAUGAGUAUGGUGUACAUUAUUAGACGUUUGAUUCAGCUUGAGUUAGAAAAUGACUUAUAUACAUAAAAUAAGUCUAAUAGCUGUAUCUUGAUGUGGUAAAUGACCCUAAUGACAUCUUAAGUAAAUCAGCUGUGGCUGUUGAUACUGAUCUCUUAGUGGUACAGAAUGUUCUUUUUUCAUAGACUUUACCAAUGUUAACACUGAAUUAUGGGAUAAUGACAAAGGUCAGUAGGUCAAAACAUAUUCACAACAUUUUCUUACCCCUUUUGAAAAAUAACUCAUUUCAAAGCUAUUUUGAUUAAAGUCAUUGACCAUACAUCCCUAGUUACAUACCU